AUGGACGACACCCGUGGCCUGCUCAUCGGCCAAGCGCGAGACGACGAGCAGGCCAGGAACGUCAUGGUGGUUGGCUCCACGAGUGCUCUGGCCGUGGUGAGGGAGUACCGGAGGGGGAAUUGGACGCUGCCGGAGACGAUGAUGCUGAUCGAGGCCAAGCAAAAGGUGCACGAGGAGCGGCACCCGGGGGACCAGGGCCUGGCGCGGUGGCGCUGGGUCGAGGACUACUGCUGGCGGGCCGGCUGCCGGCGCAGCCAGAACCAGUGCAACGACCGCUGGGACAACCUCAUGCGGGACUACAAGAAGGUGCGCGCGUACGAGCUCAGCGCCGCUGGGGCCAAUGCCGCCGCCGCCGGCAGACCGCUCAGCUACUGGGCGAUGGGCAGGGCGGAGAGGAAGGAGAGGGGCCUCCCGAACAACCUCCUCCGCGAGAUAUACGACGCCAUUGCCGAGGUCAUUGGGAGGAGGACGAGCAUGGGUUGCGCCGCCGGUGCCGCGUUCACGGCGACGACGGCCAGCUUACUCGACGUCCCCAUGCAAGCUUCCCCGCUCGCUCAAGUCCUGCCCCGACCUCUCCUGGCUUUAGAACAAGAGACGCACGAGCACGGCGACACGCAUUCUAGCCCAGAGUCACCGGAGAGAAAGAGGAGGCGGCCAUCACUGGACGGGCUGCGUCCAGGGACCAGCACGUCGUCAGCGCCUGGAACGCAGGGCUAUAAUCAAGAACAAGGACAUCACCGCGAGGAGGAGGAGGACGACGACAGCUCCGAGUCACUACCGGAAUCAGCUCCUUUGCCAUCUGAGUACUCCGACGACGACUGCAACGUCCUGAGCGGCGCGAUCGGACGGUGCGCGGCGAUCCUGUCGGAGGCGCUGGAGAGCCGGGACGCUGCGGAGGAGCGGCGGCACCGGGAGGUGAUGGCCGUGGAGGAGCGGCUCGGCCGCGCGCGGCAGGCGCGCCGCGAGGCCGGCGAGCAGUGCAUGGCCGGGUUGGCCGCCGCCGUCAACCAGCUCGCCGGGUCCAUGCUGGCGCUCGCCGCUGCCAAGCACAAGGACAAUGGCGGCGGCCCCGCGGCGCCCAAGUGAGACGAGAACGAGAUCAUCGUCAAGCGGAGCUAGCUAGGGGGACCGGUCUCGUAUCUCAUGAUGCCGCGGUGUGCAGCUACUCUGCUGGAGCAGGAUGCUCCGAUCCGCGCACGCGGCGGGCCAUCGAGUGGGCUUCAACCAGAUCGAGAUCAUCCUGCCAAAGUGCUGCGUGGGUGAUGCUCCCGUCUCGCAGCUCGACACCGUCAGCGCGUGUGCUGCGGCGAGUCCGAGACGCCUGGGUCUUCUCCGACCCGCUUAUGCAUGCAUGUGACUUGCUGGGUUGCUUUCAUUCUGAACUUCUGAUCGUCGUCCUGAAUCUGACAGAUCUAGAUUACUGUCGCAGGAUAUGCAUCCAUAGUAGAGAAGCUUUUUGUUAAUUUGUUCGGUUAAUUUAUGGUGUCAAAAAACUGGU